AUGUCCGGGCAGGCUUCAGAACCGGGAGGCUUCUUCCUGAUCGGAGGUGUGAUGCUGUUCUUUGACCGGGCAAUGCUUGCCAUGGGAAACAUACUCUUCCUCAUCGGCCUGACAAUAAUCAUCGGCCCUCAGAAGACAUUGCUCUUUUUUGCGCGCAAGCAAAAGGCCAAGGGUACGGCUGCCUUCUUCUUAGGGCUCCUCAUGAUCCUCAUGAGGUGGCCCCUCAUAGGCUUUUGUGCUGAGCUUUACGGCAUCGUGAUACUCUUUGGAGACUUCCUCGGUACAAUUGCGGGCUUCGCAAGAGGAAUUCCCGUGAUUGGGCCGUACAUUGGCCUUGUAGUCGACAGGAUUGGGCUGGGCAGGCAGAACGCCGACCUGCCAGUAUAAGGCGACCCAAUAGUGCGCGCCAGAACAGUUCGUGUGCGCUGGCAGGUUGCUAGUGAACUUAUUACUGCCGAAUAGCAACUAGGCGUUUAUGGGAGCUUGGGAAUGGGCAUCGGAGAGACAUAGACUCGUUUAACUUUCUGGGGGCGUUUUAGGCGACAAAAUACCCGAACUAUACGGUAACACCAGCACCGUGAUUCAUCCUCACAGAUCUGCUCAUAUAUAACGCUAGGUCUUUUUUUUUUUCAUUUCAUCGGCUUGAAUUGCGUGUACGUGGGGCUGAGUGAAGACAAUACAGCAGUGGCCGAUUUGAAUCCUCGGCCAAAUCAUAUAUACCACAUCUCGUUUGAUCUUCGC